AUGGGCCUCUCCAAAACCAACAGGAUCAUAAUCCUGUUGGUCAUCGACUCCGCAUUCUUUCUCUUAGAAUUGACCGUUGGCUAUGCCGUCCACUCGCUUGCCCUUGUUGCUGAUUCGUUUCAUAUGCUUAAUGAUGUCCUGUCCUUGUGUGUGGGUUUAUGGGCCGUCAAGGUCGCCAACCAGGAGACCAAUUCCACCACUUCCAAGAUGUACACUUAUGGGUGGCAACGUGCGGAAACCCUCGGAGCCUUAGUCAACGGUGUCUUCCUCGUCGCUUUGUGCAUGUCGAUUUUCCUAGAAGCGAUUCAACGCCUGGUGGAACCCCAGGAGGUGCAAAACCCGAAGCUCGUUUGCAUUGUCGGUUGCUUUGGUCUGUUGUCGAAUCUCUUGGGUCUUUUGUUGUUCCACGAUCACUCCCACGGGCAUGGCCAUGGCCACAGCCAUGGUGAAGCCCAUGGUGUUGAGGAUGUGGAUGUCGCUGAGCAGGGCUAUAUUUCCCAUGGCGGAAGUGACCCCGCGCGGGGAAUCGCAGACGAGUGUACACUUCCUUCUCCCGAUACUCGAAGACGCCGAACUCUUGAUAGCCAACAUCGCGGAUCUCCCAGAUACAGCGGUAACGUGGAAGACAUCCAGGUACACCCGGCGACAAUGAGACAGGAAAUCAUCGGUCGCAGCCGCUAUGUCGAUGAGGAGCAGUCGUCCGAGUCGGACAGCGACCAAACUAACGUCGCUGAAACGUCAGAGCGAUCUGCACUCCUGAGCCACAAAGACCGAGCGCGCAAGUAUACUGACGAAGCCAACGCACCCCUUUUACCAAAUGCUACAGUGGACGACGACGUCCAUAAAUUCCACAACCACGCGCAGCCCAAGUCGAAGGACUCCAAGCAUGGUCAUGGUCAUGGUCAUGGCCACGGCCAUGGACAUGGACAUGAUCUCAACAUGCGGGGUGUCUUUCUGCAUGUCAUGGGUGAUGCGCUGGGCAACGUUGGUGUCAUCGCGUCUGCCCUGGUUAUUUGGUUGACCGACUAUGAGUGGAGGUUCUACGUUGACCCUGGCAUUUCGUUGGUGAUCACCGUGAUCAUUCUUGCUUCGGCUAUCCCUCUUUGCAAGGCCGCAUCGAGAAUUCUCUUACAGGCGGUUCCUCCUGGCAUGAGUAUUGACCAUAUCAAAGAAGACAUUGAGCGACUUCCUGGUAUCAUCAGCUCCCACGAUUUACAUGUUUGGCAAUUGAGUGACACGAAGCACGUCGCUUCGAUCCACAUUCAAGUAGAUACGGAGAUCAAAGGGGAGGGCUCAGAGCGGUAUAUGCGCCUGGCUAGACAGCUCGACUUCGAGUGUCGAUACUUUUUCCCCAGCUACCUGUGCCCUGUGUUCGCCAUCUGCAACGUUGAGUGUCGCUCUUCUCCCAAUGAGAACCGUCUACGCCGCUGGCCGACAUCCUGUCACAACUUCCGUGUAAAGGCGGAGCAAUGCCGCAGACAGCUUCGCUUUGGCCACUUUUGGAUUGACACAGCAAGCAUGAGUUAUUCAUAUCCAAACAGCGCGAACGCGGAUGCCUACCGUCCAGCCCGUCGCGAUUAUUAUGUCGACUCAUCCAAUGGCCAGCGCCGUCUCCUCGACACGUUGCCACCGUGGCUACGACAAUGGGUCGCCGACCUACAAGCUCAUUGGAUUGCUCUGAGCUUCAGCAACACCGAGAACUCUCGCGGCAGUCAUGCGCUCACAACACGGCUAUGGAGGAUGUUCCGACGCAUAUUUACAGUCACGAAUGCCCUGGCUGUUCUCUGGUUCGUUACGCUCUGGUGGGGGGAACGGGUCGUGUUCCAGGAUAGCUUGGAGAAGUGCGCCUGGGAAAACUGGGAAAACUGGCCUCGAGAUGCAGCGCCACAUCAUGUUGCUUUCAUCGCAGACCCUCAGCUGGUCGACCCUCAUACCUACCCCGGUCGGCCAUGGCCUCUGUCCACUUUGACAGUGAAGUUCACCGAUCAAUAUCUGCGGCGGUCCUUUUCAUCUAUUCAACGAAAUCUGGGCCCGGACUCGGUGUUGUUCCUCGGUGACCUGUUUGAUGGGGGAAGAGAGUGGGCAACCUCGCACAGCUCCAGUCCCGAGAAGCGCUACCAGAAAUACAAGGAUUCGUUCUGGAAGAAUGAGUAUCGUCGUUCGAUGAUCGCUAGUCUCCCUGGGAAUCACGAUUUGGGAUUCGGAACCGGGGUUCAGCUGCCUGUCCGCGAUCGGUUCCAGACAUAUUUUGGCCAAAGUAACCGCGUUGAUGUUAUUGGAAACCACACUUUUGUUUCGGUCGACACGGUAUCAUUGAGCGCCAUGGACCAGCCUGACCCAGAGACCGGAAGUUCAGGGUCUGGGGACGGACACCCGCCAAACGAGCGGAUCUGGCAGGAAGCAGAGGAUUUCCUGAACAAUAUGAACGUUCACCGUGGCAAGGCGGAAAUGGGAGAAUUGCGCCUGAUGAGGAACCAAAGUGAAGGCCAUGUGUUCGACCAUAAAGUCGUGGACCUCUCACAGCCUACGCUUUAUCAAAAACUCCAACCGGAGAUUGUAGGGUUCCCUGCCAUUCUCCUUACUCAUGUUCCCUUGUAUCGCAAACCGGCCACGCCGUGCGGGCCUUUGCGAGAGCAUUACCCGCCAUCAGAUGGUGAACCGGAAGAAGAUGAGCGGAAUGCCCUCUCGAUUGCUGCUGGAUACCAGUAUCAGAACGUUCUCACGCAAACUAUCUCCAAGGACUUGGUCACGAAGGCAGGCCCGAAUCUUGUCCAUGUCUACUCGGGGGAUGACCACGAUUACUGUGAGGUGACCCAUCGCGAGUUUAGCGGUUCUCCCAAAGAAAUCACGGUCAAAAGUCUCUCCUGGGCUAUGGGGGUCCGGCGACCAGGCUUUCUGCUUACCAGUCUCUGGAACCCUGUUGACCCUGCCACCGGGAAGCCGACGCACUCGAUGAGCACGGGCGCUACUUUGCAAAACCACUUGUGCCUCCUGCCCGACCAAUUAUCCAUCUUCAUCCGUUACGGCCUUCUCUUCGGCCUGACCCUUGCUGCUCUUCUCGCACGAGCCGCCAUUCUUGUGCUCUACUUCCCUGCAGUGGACUCCUCUGCAUCCAUUCUUCCUCUCUCUGACGUUCGCCCUCCCCUCCACGUCCACACCGCGAAGACCCCCAGUUCCAGUACGUCUAGCUCCACGUUUCCCUCACCGGGGGGCUUGGCCAGUCGUGCCGUCAAUGCACCUCCUCGCUACCCCAAAGUGUAUGACGAUGCUUACCCCGGUCCAGAUCACGAUGACGUGGACAAGGCGAAGUGGAAACCGAGGGUCCCCGCUUCCCGGGGAAUCUGGGGGGAAUUCGUCGACUCGGUCAAGUAUGUGGCUUCGAUGGUGUUUGCAUGGUAUUUCUUCUUGAUCUGGCGAUGGUAA